UGUGUCGGAAAAUAUUUGGCUUGGGGGAAAAAAAGUUACUGACAGCUUUACUAACAGUAUCCAGAAAUAACUCAGAUCUUGUAAAAUGUUCUUUUAUUAUUCAAUAGGUUAAGAUACGUACUGACCCAAGACCUUCUUUUUCAGCCACCUGCCCCAUAGGUAUACCAGCCUUGGUAUAACUUUUAUUUUCGUCUUCUAUUGUUUGUCCCCUGAGGCAGUUUGUAUUGUAGUUUGUAUACCGCUUCAGAGAGAUAUUACUUUUUCCUGGGAUCUCUGCGGGUUUGUGAGAAGAACAGGGGAAGGGCGAGGGGGCUUCAAAGGACCACAGACAAGCGGCUCUUUCCAAGCAUGCAUUUGGGAAAAAAAAGAAAAAGGAAAAAGAUACCCACCUGUCUCUGUCUGUCUCCCUCCCUCUCCUAACCACUCUCAGCCUGUGCCAUGCAAAUAUAUCAACAGCUGACUCAAGCCACUGAAAAAAGAGCAUGGUAGACUCUGCCAUCUUGCGCCAUAAAUACCUUCCUCUCUGUCAAAUGGGGUUAAUUUUAGACCAUGCACAGAACACUCGGCACAGACGGCCAGGGUUAAAACUUCUACCAACUUCUGUUCAACACAGCAGCUCCACUGGUUUCUUCCUUGGUAGUUCCCCCAUCUCUUUCUUGAUUUCUCACGGCAGCAUGUCCGACCACAGUGAGCAGGACUCCCUUAUGGACGACUUUGACGAGGACGAGCUUCUUGCCGGGCUCUCAGCGGAGGAGAUAAGGGAGCUACAGAAUGAAAUGGAUUUCCUAGCCCCUGACGAGAGGGUCCCAGUCGGCAUGAGACAGAAGAACUCGGCCCCUCAGCGGACGGUCAAGGAUGACAGUGAUCAGGAAUCCGAGUGUGAGGACAUUGAUGAGGAUGAGAUUCUAUCUGGGCUCUCUGCGGAGGAGAUCAAGCAGCUCCAGAGUGAGAUGGACGUCAUAGCGCCCGAUGAGCGGGUUCCAGUGGGGAUGAGACAGAGGGACCAGACGGAGAAAACCCCUACAGGCACGUUUGACCACAGGUCACUGGUGGACUACCUAUACUGGGAGAAGGAAUCGACACGGAUGAUGGAUGAGGAGAGAGUCCCUACCACUUUGCUACCCAGUGAGAAAAAGUUGAGAGAAGCAGCUGAGCUGAAAGAAAAAGAAGAGGAGGUGAUAGAGGAAGUGGUGGAGGAGGUAGAAGAAGAGGUGCCAGAGGAUGUUGACGAGGUGGAAUACGUGUACGAAGAGGUGGUGGAGGAAGUGGAGUCGAAAGACGGACAGGUGGGGGAGGAGGUAAUAGAGGAAGUCAUCGAAGAGAUCAUAGAGGAAGUGAUUAAAGUCGAGGAGGAGCCACAGGAGGAAGAUAAACAAGCCACCUCAAAAGUAAACAACACGGUUUCCACGGUGUCCAAGCCCCAGGACAUCUUACAGCCCCCUGUGGGGCUCACAGAUACACAGAAAAAAGAGGAAGCAGUCGUUACAGAUCAAAAGGAGAAUCAACCCCUAGAAGCAGGGGAAGAAGCUCAGGGCAGGUUUGAGAACUGGGUCCCGGAGAGGGAGGAGAGGACAAUCUCCAAACUGAAAAUUCCAAAACUGGCACUGGGUGGGAACGCCUUGAAGUUGACAGCCAGGCCUUCCGGGAAUGAAACCAACUUGGAUAGCACUCUGCACAAGAUCCGCAAGAACAACCCUGCGAUCACCGAGGUCAACCUGAACAACAUCGAGAACAUUCCUAAGGAAAUGCUAUUGGACUACGUCAACGCCCUGAAGAAGAACAAGCACGUGAAGACAUUCGCCAUCGCCAACACGGGUGCAGACGAGAACACCGCCUUCAGCCUGGCCAACAUGCUGCGCGAGAACAAGAGCAUCAUCACCCUGAACAUCGAGUCUAACUUCAUCACUGGCAAAGGCAUCACCGCCAUCGUACGCUGCCUCCAGUUCAACGAGACCCUGACGGAGCUGCGCUUCCAUAACCAGAGGCACAUGCUGGGCCACCAUGCUGAGAUGGAAGUGUCCCGGCUGCUCAAGGCCAACAACACGCUGCUGAAGAUGGGCUACCACUUUGAGCUGCCGGGGCCACGCAUGGUGGUGACCAACCUGCUCACUCGCAACCUAGACCGCCAGCGCCAGUCCCGGCACGAGGAGCAGAAUAAGAAGGACCUGAAGCAGCAGCGUGAGCUCAUGGAGAUGUACAAGGUCAGCCUGAACUUGCCUCCAGGCCUGCUGGAGAUGCUGGGCGACUACCUGCCACCGACGGAGCUAUUGGCUCAGCUUGAGAAGCAGCAUCAGCUACUACAACAGCAGCAGCAGCAGGGGCAGCAGGAGGAGGAUGCCCCAGAGCCACAGACUCCCUCCUCCGAGCCAGGUCUGGCUCUGCCACAGCUGCGUAAGACCCACAACGCGCACAACCCUGCCCCGAAGCCACCCAGCCCUGACGCGGGGAACCCCAUCAAGGACGUGCACCUGAAGAAGACCCCAAAGAAACGCGACCCAUUCCUGGAGAUGAGCGCUGCUGAGGAGAGGGAGAUGAGGGCCAGCUUCCAGCUCAGGAGAAACCUCAGACAGGUGGACAGCGGGAGCGAACGCAGGAACGCGCUAAUGGCGGACGAGCGCGCCAACCUGAAGGACAUGAUCAAGACUCUCAAACCUGUGCCGCGCAGGCGCGUGCCGCCUAAGGUGGACCCGACACCACGCGAUGAUCUCCUCAGCGAGAUCAGACAGAGUAACGUGGCCUACCUCAAAGCGGUGCCACUCCCCAAAAUGCUGGAGUCAGAAGAAACCAGUCUUUUCUAAAGGAUUUUCUCACAGGGAAUGGUCAAGAGUGAUUACAAGCAUAUACACUUCAUACCACAAACAUCUACAUCAGAACUGUGCCUGAGAUGAUUAACAAAGCCACCUUUUUUAGGAACAUUUGCCUGCACAUGUAGAACACGGAAGCAAAUAUUGUUUUUUAUGUUGCGUUGGGAAGUUGUGAAGACAUAGUACUUCAAAUUAUUUGUGUGCUUUACUUGCAAAGUUUGUUUUAUAAUAUAUUUAUUAUCCUGUUGUAAUAAAGUGAACUCAAUUUAGACACUUACAGUGAUGGCGAUGAUUCAGGACCCAAACUCAUUUCACAUCCACUUGUGAGAGCAAGCAAGGUUUCAUUUUAUUUUAUUACUGUUUGUUUUGCAGGAGUACAGUGAUUUCCCUCCAGUUUUACCCUUACAUUAUUAAUGUUUCUCAGUGUGUAGAAAUGAAAAUAGUCAUAUCAAAUGGAGUCGCUGCAGCACUGCUCACCUCAUUGCUCACCUUCCACACAACAAUGCAGUUUAUUGGGUA